AUGGACCCCGCAGGUGGCAAGGCCAAGCCCCUCAAGGCCGCGAAGAAGGAGAAGAAGGAUUUGGACGAGGAUGAUCUCGCCCACCGGGAGAAGCUGAAGGCCGAUGCCAAGGCGAAGAAGGAAAUGAUGGAGGCCACCAAGGGCAAGCGGGGCCCCCUCAACACCGGCCAGCAGGGCAUUAAGAAGUCUGGCAAAAAAUAA